AUGGGCGAGCGGGCGCCGGGCGCCGAUCGGCGCCCCGGGGACGCGGGAUCCCACAGGGCCGUCGAACAGAACACAUCCAGGGGCCACGGCGCCAAGGGGGGAGAGGGGGGAGGGGAUGACGCGGGCAUGUGCGGCCAGGGCGGGCAGGGGGCAGCGGAGGCGGGCACGCAGGAGGGCCGCGAGCUGGCGCUGCAGUCGCUGGGCGAGGCGACGACCGCCGGGGACGUCGCGCGAUGUUGCAGCCUGCUGCAGCUGCUUCGCGGUCAGUACUCGGAGCAGGGGCGGAAGAGCUGGCCGGAGGAUGCGGUGCGGCGGCUGUGGGCAGGCGCGGCCGCCGCACUUGCGUCCAGCCCGAGCCCGGAGGUGAAGACGCGGGCGUGCCAGCUCGUGGAGGUCCUGGGCCAGAACUGCAAGUCCUGCAUGGAAGGAGAAUGGGAGUUUGAACUUCAAGAAGACGCACCAGAGAGUGUUGUAGAGGCCCUUCAGCAGUACCCGCAGGACCUCAAUGUGCAAACAGCUGCAAUAAGAGCCCUGCUGAGUCUCAGCGGUUGUCUCACAUGCCGGAGCUUCUAUGACAGGAGGUCCAUAGCAGAUGCUGUGCAGGCACUGCACUACAUUUGCCUCAUGAACAAGAACAAUGUGGCCCGAUUGGCAUCCAAUCAGGGCCUGAAUAUUAUUAGGCUAUGCAUUGAAGACGCUGGAAACGAACUUACAGUCCAAGAACACGGGUGCAUGCUGCUGGCUGAACUGGCAUGCCGCCAUGAUGCCUCUGACCAGGAGGUUAUUGACUGCGUAGUCACAGUGUCAAAUGUGGCACGACUGCAGAUGCAGGAAAAAUUCAUUGAAGUAGCCAGGGCCGCAGUUUGGUCGCUGACAAGGAUAGCUAGCAGCGCACUGCAUCCUCGUAAUCACCAGCAACAAGAGGGCAGCUGGAUGGCGGGCCUCUGGCAAGUGUGGCCCAUCAUGCAAGGCCAAGCAUUGCACAUGAUCGUGGACAUGAUGCAGAGCUGUCAACUAAAGGAUGAUCCACUUGUAAAACACUGUUUGGACUUCAUUGCUGUUGUUGGAGGAGAUGAUGGUGGAUUCAGGGGCGUCGGACCCAACCUUGACGGCUUGUCAGCACUCUCUGUGGCUGCCUUGACUGUUCACCAAGUGUUCAUCGCGGCCCAAGAUAGUCGGAUGCAGGCUGUUGCAUUGCGCACGCUCUACGCAUUGCUGAGCAACCCUCAGUGCCUGGCUGUGGACAUCAACUUUGCCGAUGCUGCAGAUAGCAUCUUCAAGGCCAUGCGCAGCUCACGCAAGUUGAGGGAGUCCACAACAAAGGAUGUGCUCUGCAUACAGGCCUUUGGGUUGACUGUGAUGGGCAAGCUUCUCGACUUGGCUGACGAGGGGGACAACAGGGCAUCAAAGCCCAAGCCUGCGGCCCCCUUGUCCAUGUACUUGCAGGACAUCCAUGGUGCGAUUGCCUAUAUCGUAAGAUACAUCUGCGAGGGGGGUGAGAAGAUCUCCUUCGAGUUUGUUGAGGAUGACCCGGUGGUGGAGGUCAGCUGCUGCAGAUAUGCGUGUCACUGCUGCUUCCUCCACGAGCCCACCAAGGGCCGCGACGUGCUGGUGUCAGUGGAAGGUGCAGCUGUGUGCUUAUUGUAUUGUGGUGACGAUGCUUUGAACUCAACAGACAAGGACGGCUUCACGAUAUUACACAGACUAGCUGAAGCCGGCUUGAGCGAAUGCCUGGACGUGUACAUUAGAGAGGCUGGAGACAACCUGGACUUUCUGAAACGCACCAAGUACGGAGCGAAUGCCCUGCAGCUUGCGCGCAACAGCAAGGUCCUGGAGUGCGUCUUAGUGCUGGAGAAGGCCACAGAGGCAGCUGCAAAAGCUGCCCAGGACGCCUUGCUGCAGGAGCUGGAGCGUGAAGGGGGAAAGAAAGACAAGCUACAUACCCAGCAGCAGCAGGCCCAUUUGAAGAAGCAAAGAAACAAGAAGAAGGGGCUGCCAGCUCCUUCUGGACCAGCAGAGGUGCAGGAGGAGCGAAAGGAGGAGAAAAGGCCAAAAGUGUCAGUGCAAGAGAAACGCGCAGAGGAGAAGAGGGCGGAGGAGGAACGCACCAGAAAGGAGGCGGAGUGCAGGCGUAGACAGCAGGAGGAAGAGUACGAAAGAGCCCUAGAGGCGAGAAGACGACAAUUAGAGGAGCAGGAAAAGAAGAUGCUGCAGGCAGCGCAGGAAGCCAGCUUGCAGGAGGCACGUCAAGAGAAACAGCAAGGGCCCCAGGUUUGUGCUUCACCAAAGAAGCAGAAGCCCCUUGCAAACGGAAAUAAAUUUGCCGAGGACCCCAAGUUGACACCCUGGCAGGACAAUAAAUCACAGAAGAUGGGUCAUUCCCAGAAGACUGCAGAGCCUGAACCCCAGAAAGGCGCUAUGCCAUCAAAAAUUGGCGUGAACACAAAGCAGCCUCAGCCGUCCCCUCGUAGUAAGACCAGAGGGCCUGGACAAACUGCGUCUCAGGGCCCUCCAUCUGUACAGAAGAGAUCCUCGCAGCAUAAAUUGAAGAAGGAAGGGUUACCUAGCAAGGACGCUGGCACGAGUGCCAACGUGCAGAAACAGGCGUCCAAGCCACUCCCUGUCUCAGAGGCACCCCCCCCACCAGCACCAGCACCAAGCAGGGCUCCCCCUGCAAGCGCCUUCAGCACCCCCGCUGCCCAGGCACACAAGCCUAUUUGUUCACCUCGCGAGCCCAAGCAGCACAAGGCUUGGCAGUCUGCGCCAGUCCCUGCUGGUAAGCCAGCUCAAGACAGCUCCCAGCCCCAGACAUCAAGAUCACAGCCACAGCUGCUGGCCUGUUCGAGUCCGCAGCUGCCUCAGAGCGGCCAUGCUGAAACCCAAUCCCUUCAGCCCUCCACCACAAGGCCACCAGAGGGUGGAAGGGCUGCAGCAUGGAGCCAGGUGCAGCAAGCCGAGACCAACAGGUUUGAAAGCACAACCACAAGCUGGCAAACAGCGGCAAGCAGCACCCCUUCCCAUGGCCUUGCCACCGACCCGCACACAGGCCCCUGGGGGCAUCUGAGGAGCGGUGUGCCCAGCCAGGAAAGCGCGCCUGAAGCCUCCCACCUGCAGUGGGCAUUCUCACUGCCAGACUUGGGAGGCAGUGAAAUCGGGACGCAUCGUCAAUUGGUUUGCAGUGGCCACGGCCCGCAGGUUGGCAGCAUGGGGCAACUUGAUGGGCGCUGGCCGGAUGUUAGCUCGAUGUCCAUGGCACCAGAUGCAUACCAGGGGGGCUUGUCCAUUGGUGAGACAUUCCCUCCGGCACAAGCGCCAUUGCUGGGGCCAUGCCCACCACAAAGUGGCCAGGAGUGCCAAUUAGACAACCGCACUGUACGUGCAGAGGCCAGUGAGAGUACGGCCACAGAGUGGACCCGCCUGCGGCCAGCAGACUCUGGGGCUCAGGGAGAUGGUUUGCCUCAUGGGUCUGAGUUCAGCCAGAAAGAUGCUGGGGACCGGCCUGCUCAGGAUGUGGAUGACAUCGUGGACGACAGUCAGAUAAUGUCGUGGCUGUCCAGCGACAUCGCUGGGCUGAUCCUCACAGAGAAUGGGGGUGAGAAGCCUGCAGAGCCAGAGGCGACAUCUGGGGCCCAGAUGGAUCACGGCGGACAUACUGAGGGGGAGCUUGCUCAACAUGACAGGCGCUUCUUGAAGGGUCCGCAGGAAUGGUGGACGUCUCCAGCCCCACAUUCGUCGCCUGUGACCAUAUCCAGCAGCGCCUCCAGCCCGCUGACAAAAACAUCUCCUGAUGCCAACAUGAGCAUUCUUGGACAUGGGCACCACCAGAUGGGCAUCAUGGAGGACAAUCCAGAGGUUUGGCGCACAAACCCUGCUAUGAGGCCCACAGGCCCUGCUUUGGUAUACCCACCAUCUGCAUACACAAGCAUGUGGGCGCCCCAAGGCAGCCUGCCUGGCGAGACACUGCUGGAGCGAGGGGAAACCAAGGUGGCGAGCAAGCACCUGUGGCUUGGCAACUUGAACACACGCCUGCCGCGCUCCAUCCUGAAGUCUGUGUUUGAGGAGUUUGGCCCAGUGGAGGACGUGGUGACCUUCCCGGGCCGCAUGUAUGCCUUUGUCAACUUCCACUUGCCUGAAGACGCCGCCAAGGCAGCAGAGGUCCUCGACCAGAAGGAGGUGCCAUCGUUGACUGGCAACAAGAAGCUGGUCAUCAAGUUCCGCCCAAACCGGAAGGCUCUCGGAAGAGUUGGGGACAUGCUGAUGGGUAUGGCAGAUGAAGAUGGCAGGCCUGUGAGUGAGGAUGUCACAGGAGGGGAGGCUCCAUUUGCACCACCAUAUGGGAUGGCCUUGCCGCAACAGGCCCCUGUGGGACCCCUCCCAGGAUCAGACCUCAGCAGCUCGCGCAGUGCGCCUUCCUUCCAUUCGUGGGAUGAAACAGGGGAGUACAGCAGCACCCCGCUCCACAAGGGGGGUAGCGCUGAGUGGGAGGGGUCAUCAACACCCAGUAACAGGGUGUGGCUGGGGAACAUUAGCCCCAAUGCAAAUGUCAGCUCGAUUCGAUCAGUGUUUGCAAAAUUUGGGCCCAUCACAGACGUGGCAGUCUUUCCGGCUCGCAUUGGGCCCCUGGGGUAUGCUUUUGUGAAUUUUGAGAAGGUGGCUGAUGCGGUGGAGUCCUACAACACUUUGAACAAUGUGAUAGUGCCAACGCUCACAGCAGCAAAGCAGCUGAAAAUGCGGUUCAAACCCGCCAGGGAGGCCUGUGCCCGGUGGCAGCAAAAUGGCAGGCGUCCUGAAGAUCUUGAGGAGUACGACGUUGAGGUGGAGGAGCCAUUCAGCACAGAAGAUGAAGAGGGCAACAUUCCAGAAGGAAGGCCGUCCAGGCAUCUCUGGCUUGGUAACGUCUGUCUGAGACCCAGCAAGACGGUUCUGUUCAGCUUGUACAGUCGGUAUGGGCCAGUGGAGAGCGUACGCACCUUCCCUGGCAAGACAUUCGCAUUUGUCAACUUCCAACAGACCCAACAUGCGGCCAGGGCAAAGGAGGCCCUUGAUGGUGAGGUGGUGACCGCCAUAUCAGGGUCAAAGCCUCUGGUGGUUCGGUUUCAAAAGGAAGGCUCAGGGCCUCCCAUGUGGUUCAAGAUGGAUGGGCGGCUUGGUACAAGGAGAGGCUAUCGGUUGGAGCCUGCUGUAGGCCCUGAUGGCAGACGGCCAGGAAUGCAGUCCAUGAGCCCAAAUGCAACAAAGGCUUGGCAGAUGGAACAGUACACGGAAGAACAUGGUGCUGAAGAGGGUGCGCCUUACACUGUCGACGAGAUGCCACAGCUGAACCUGUCGAACAGGCUGAACCCCAACAAUGUUCACUUUGACGGCAACCUUGCCAACAGGUACAUGGGCCUCCAGGACAGCAGUGCACUGGAAGCGUCCUCCAUUGGUAACCUCACGCGGACGCUGUCCGCUGCGGCCCUGGGCAACGGUCGAGACGAGCCGGGAAUGGACAGAGCCCCCAGCUGGGGGGACAACCUGAUGGCUGCGCACUACAGGGGCUCUGGCGGUCCUAGCAUGUAUGGGGACUUGUACAGCGAGGAGUACGGCCCCUACCCUUGCCCUAUGGUUGUGCAGGACCCCCAACCAGGGUUUCCCAACCAGUACAGGGGGGUGCCUCGAGACCCCAGGCUCCAGCACCCUGUGAACCCAGCCUGCCUUGGCAGGGAGCCCAACAUCUCAGACUACCCCCCAGUUGCGGGGUUCCAUGGCCCCAGCCCCAACCUACCCCACCAGCCACCAGGCCCCAGCGCUGCCUUUGGUGUAUCUGCUGACCACCGUGCACGGCAGCCUCACGGGUACUUCCCUGGAGGGCGGGGCAGGGGCCGGCAGGCCGGGCACCAGUUCCAGGCACCGCGGGAGGGGCACUCCCGCACCCCCAGCGACAUCUAUGGGUCGCUGCCGGCGACGCUGAUGCCUGAACCGGAGGGGCCCCCAGAAGCGGGGCCCAGUUAUGCUGGCGGAAGGACGAUGAGCAGGUGGGGUCGAGCAGCAGAUGCUGGCCUGUCAUCGUCUGCCUCAUCGGCGCAACCACAAGGGGACGUUGUGGGCAAGCAGAAUGGGCAGGAUGCACGGGGCAGAAAUGGCUCGGCAGGUGAUGCAAGAAUGUGGUGA